AUGUCAGUUAUGUGAAGUUUUUUUAAAUUAUUAUAUUUCAUUGAAUUAAAAUGUUAAGACAAAUACAUCGUUAUUGCAAGCCUCAACACGUCGAUUUUUUUCUCAAACAUAAAAAUGUUUCUAGGCCUAUAAUUCAUUAUUUAAGUUUAAAUAAAAAUACAUUUUUCUGUUACAAUCUUAAAUCAAGUUUUCAUAUCUCUUCAAGUAAUAAUAAUGUAUUCAUAGAUCAUGAAAAUAUUUAUGCACAUAAAAUAGUUUGUAAAGAUUCCGUCUGCAGCAAUUUAAUAAAUGUACCAGAAAGUGAUAUCUCUUCAACCAAACACUUUCAGGAAGUUCUUGAUCAAAAUUGGAGAGACUCUACUAUAAGCGAUAUUGUUAAUGCCUUUUAUCGGGUAAAAAAUUUUUGCAUUAGGAACGAUAUACCUAUUUCAGAUACCAGAUUUGACAAUUUAGUGGAUGGUUUAAUGGACAAUUGUGAGCACAUAAACGAUGAUCAAUUAAUUGGUUUACUGUAUUGUCUAUCAGAAUAUCCUUCUGUAGAAUCCUACAAAUCACAUAAUUUUCAUGAUGUGUGGAGUUGUUUGGAUGAUAUCUGUUGUUGGAAGAUAAUUGAAUGGGACACAGACAAAAGUUUCACAGUUGCUGAUGCAUGGUACAAAUUGCGUUUAGGUAAACAUUGUGAUUAUAUUUAUACACUUAUUAACAGAACAGCGAAGAGGGCUGAUGCUCUCACCAAAGAACAGUUACUUAGCAUUUAUUUCUACCUCAAUGUCUACAGAAAAAGAGCUGUGGACUUUGAAUAUGAAUUUGCUCUAGAAAAACUUGUGAAUGAUAUGGACAUUGAUGAGAUGGGUGUAAUUGCCAUGGGAUAUUUUAAAACUAAAACAAAAAUUAAGCUAAUAAAUAUUCAAGAAGCUUUGGCAAAAAGAGUAAUAGAACAUUCAAGUACUGCACAUGAUAUAACAUUAACAGCAAUAUUAAAGGUUUUAAGGUAUUCAAAGCCUUUUAAAAUAAUCGGGACAAUAGAAAAAAUGGUUGACAACCUGUAUCCAGAAAUUGAUAGACUCUCAGAUCUAUGUUGUACACAUUUGGCACUUAUGAGCACCGGUAUACAAACUUAUAACAAAAGAGUAUUGCAAAAAGUCUCCCAAAAAUUUGUUAAAAAUAUUACAAAUCCGGGAAUUAUUCGUUUUAAGGACAUUGAAAGAGUAUUAAAUGUUCUGACAAUGUUUAAUUACGAUCCAAAAACAAAUCCUGAUAUAUUUAAUGCUUGUUAUGAAGAAAUACACAAAACUGAAAGGUUGGCAGAGACAGUGAGAUAUGCCAGAUGUUUAGCGUGCGCUUUGAAUUAUUUGAGCCUUCGAAAUAUAUAUUCGAAUGAAUUAAUGAAUAGAAUUUUAGAUGAAGAAUAUAUAACUAGUGUGUAUGGAAAAGGAGCGAAAAUGAUACCUAGAGAAAUAUUUUCGUUGGAUUGCAGUAUUGAUGUAGAAUGCCCAGACUAUAAAGGAAAUAGACUGCCUCCUCACUUAAGAUAUAAAGCUGCCAAAUGGUUAACUGAGUUUACUCCCAGCUACAAUCAGUGGAAGAAAUUGACAGCAGCUGAUAAGUUAAUUUUAGAUACAAUUGAUACAGUUUGUAGUGUAGUUGGUGGUGAAAAAUUUAUGCAUGUAAAUUUUAUUUUACCACAUUUUUCCCGAGCAGAUAUUGUAGUAUGUAAAAAUACAAUAACUGGUAAGGUUGUAGAACCAGUGGGUUUUCAAAAUUAUGUAUUAGGUGAUGUAAUGGUACCACACAAAGACAAGUCUUUAGAAUGGUUCGCAAUAACGGUAAUAGGAUGGAACAAUACCGUGAAAGAUACUAACAUACCCCUAGGUACCUUUAUUAUGAAGCAAAGGCAAUUGAGGAAAAUUGGAUAUACUCCUGUUUUUGUAAUUUGGUCAGAGUUUCAAAACUUAUCAACAGACAUGAUGAAAAAGUAUAUAUCUACUAAACUUGGAUUAGGAUAGUGUAAAAAAAUUAUAUUUAUUAUUAUUUUGUAAAUAUAACAUUUU